CACAUUGUUUCCUCGCAACUCUCCUACAUUCCGCCUUUCCAGCUCUUUGUGCUUACAUGCGGAUUCAGAUCGUUAUACAUGUGUUGAUUGAUGCUCCGCCGGGGUCACUCGGACUUUGCCUGGUUUCGUGAACGCGCGCAAUCGCUUCACAGCGAUUCACUCUCGGCCUACACUGAAAUGGCGGCGACCGCAGUAGAGGGCCAGGGGCAACUGAACCCGGAGCCGUCCCAGCCAGAAGAACGCGCUGAGCACGAGCUCCCGCCAAAAUCCUACGCAGACGCCGUAAGCAGUGGCCCGAAUGGCCAGACGCAUGGCCUCACUGGGCUCGGGUCAGGUGGGAGGGAAUCCACUACAGUGAAUGGAUCUACCCAAUCCACCGUGGCCAAUGGCCAAAGCAGUCGGCAGCAACUAGACGAAGAGAAGGUCCUUUAUGAGAAGCAUGUGAAUCACACUGGAGAGAUCUUGACGAGUAUCAAGCCCAGCAACGGCUAUGAAGAUUCUCUCAAGCACAACGGAAAGACUGCGCCACGAGAGAGGAAACGCAAUCGGCCGCCCAAGCGCCAGGAUGAGCUUGCAAGUGGCCGAAGAGCUGGCGCCGGCUGGCAAACUUCUGCGAUACGGUGGGCGCCUCUCAACGUGCCAUUACAGCGGCGACUCCAAACUCUAGCCGUCCUGUGGCACACUACCACCAUCCCUCUAUUCCUCUCCCUAUUCUUCCUCCUCUGCGCAAUACCUCUCACCUGGCCCCUCCUGAUCCCGUACCUCAUCUACACUCUCGUCAUCAGUGAAGAAGCCACCAACGGCACCCUUUCAAGAAGAUCACAGUGGAUGCGUGGGUCGAAAUUCUGGUCUCUCUUCGCAUCCUACUUCCCCGCCCGCUUGCAUCGCACCGUCGAAUUGGAACCGACGAGGAAAUACAUUUUUGGAUACCAUCCGCACGGGAUCAUCUCUCACGGCGCAUUCGCUGCCUUUGCAACUGAGGCUUUGGGAUUCUCAGACCUGUACCCUGGCAUCACCAAUACCUUGUUGACCCUUGACACGAAUUUCCGAGUCCCAUUCUAUCGGGACUAUGCCUUAGCCAUGGGUUUAGCCUCCGUAUCACGCGAAUCUAUUGAGAAUAUCCUAUGCAAAGGAGGACUGAAUGGUGAAGGCAUGGGUCGGGCAGUCACAAUUGUCAUCGGUGGUGCUCGCGAGUCUCUCGGUGCCAAGCCUCAUUCGCUCCGUCUGGUUCUGAAGAGCAGGAAGGGAUUCAUCAAACUAGCGAUACGCACUGGUGCCGACCUUGUUCCCGUGCUCGCCUUCGGCGAAAAUGAACUCUAUGAUCAAAUCGACAGUGUCGAACACCCGUGGAUCCACAAAUUCCAAAUGCUCGUGAAAAAGUUCAUGGGCUUCACCGUCCCACUAUUUCACGCAAGAGGAAUAUUCAACUACGACGUAGGACUGCUGCCAUACAGGAGGUCAGUUAACGUUGUCGUGGGAAGACCGAUCAGGAUCGUGCAACAGGGAACCAAGGAUAAUAAUGUGGAUGAGAGAUAUCUGGACCAGGUGCACAAGGAGUACGUGGCAGAGCUGUUCAGACUCUGGGAUGGAUAUAAGGACCUUUUCGCCCAAGAUCGACACGGUGAGUUGGAGAUUGUGGACUAGAAAGAAACCACAGGACGGGCGGCCUGGUGACGAGCAGCAUGAAGAGAUGUGUGACGGCGAAUGUCGAUUCCACGUCUAGAACCAUGGUUAUCCGUGGAGUAACGAAUCUUUUCUCGUGUAUCUUUACUAAUAGCUCAAAAAAACGUCGAAAGACAGAGCGGGAGUCGUUCUGGUGAAUGACAAUGUACAAAAUUGGCUUGUAG